AUGGAGAAGAUGUUGCAAACGCUUAAGACGACUAUCACGCCCGCGCAGGCGAUGCAGCUGUUUACGACACCCAAGGACCCGAGACGCUCGUGGUCGGAACACUGCAUGUACCUGGUGGCUAUCUCCGAGGCUUCUGGGAACAGCGCUGAGUACUUGGUCCUGAAUAACAUCGUACAGUAUGCGUCCGUGGACUUGCGUACGGUGCUUAUGGCUAAGUCCUGGGAGAUCAAGACGGGAAAGGACAAGAAUCCUGGGCGCGAAGUGGCUGGGUAUCUGCGUGCGGCCUGCCCAAAGAAGAACAAGGAGCCGGACAUCACGUUGGCGGUGAACGAGACGUCGGAUAAGUUCGACGAUACCAGGAUCUUGGAUAACGGCUCGAGUCGGCACCUGGUGAACGACGCGUCCUGGCUCGAGGACGUGGAGCCGUGUGACGACCAGUGUGUACAGCCGAACGGCGAGCCACUCUCGAUCAGCAUGAAAGGCUCAGUGACUCUGCGGGGCACUGCGUGCGGGGUGAUACAGACGGUAAAAUUGUCCGACGUUUAUGACGCGGAGAGCGUGGUGCACAAUUUGAUCUCGUACGGUCAGCUGGACAAAACGGGCUACCCACUUGCCCAAAAGGGCGAACGACGCGUAGUUGUGGCCAAGGCUCUGUCCGAAGUGAUCAUGGCUGCCCUUGAGGAGGAGGAGGCAAAUGGGUCGGGCGACGUGUCGAGCAACGUGCAGCAAGGGACACAGGUAGAUUUCCAUCGUAGGCUCGGACACUUAAACUACGAUGCUGUGAAGCGCCUUGCAACGGAUCCAAGUUCGGGCACCAAGCUCACGGAUCACAGACGAAAUGUGGACUUGUUGCACCACUUCUACACCCCGUUCGCGUCCAGAGCUCUCAUCUCUUCUUCCGCGGCCUUCCGCCAUUACUCAGGUCGCUGGCUACGCAUAGACUCUCCAUAUUUCUCGGGGUCCACUUCCACUACGCUGUUCACGCCACUGUCCGGCGUAUCCUCCUGCAGAGCUGACUCGUUCACUCCUUCCGCAGUCCUGCGCGCUAUCGAGCGCGUCACGUGUCUGUCGCGCCGCCACGCCUUCUUCGCACGAUUCUCUCCCUUAGCCCCUCGCCUGGUCUUGCUACCAGCGCUUGCUACCAUAUCCGCAUUCUCUGUGCCGUCCGCGGACUCCUCCGCGCCGUUCCCAUCCGCAUCCUGA